AUGGCGCCUCUGAGCCAGCUGAGUGGCCACAUCAACUCCACCUGUGGGGCAGAGAACUCCACGGGGGCCAGCCGAGCCCGCCCACAUGCCUACUAUGCCCUCUCCUACUGCGUGCUCAUCCUGGCCAUCGUCUGCAAUGGUCUGGUAUGUGUGGCAGUGCAGGAACGGGCUUUGCAAACCACCACCAACUACCUGGUGGUGAGCCUGGCCGUGGCGGACCUGCUGGUGGCCACCUUGGUGAUGCCCUGGGUGGUGUACCUGGAGGUAACAGGUGGAGUCUGGACUUUCAGCCGAAUUUGCUGUGAUGUUUUCGUCACCCUGGAUGUCAUGAUGUGUACAGCCAGCAUCCUGAACCUCUGCGCCAUCAGCAUCGACAGGUACACUGCAGUGGUCAUGCCAGUCCACUAACAUGGCACAGGACAGAGCUCCUGUCGGCGUGUGGCCCUGAUUACAGCCGUGUGGGUACUAGCCUUUGCCGUGUCUUGCCCUCGCCUCUUUGGCUUCAACACCACAGGAGACCCCACCGUCUGCUCCAUCUCCAACCCUGAUUUUGUCAUCUACUCUUCAGUGGUGUCCUUCUACCUGCCCUUUGGAGUGACGGUCCUUGUCUAUGCCAGGAUCUAUGUGGUGUUGAGACAGAGGAGACGGAAACGGAUCCUCACUCGACAGAACAGUCAGUGCAUCAGUGUCAGACCUAGCUUCCCACAACAACCACUAUCCCCUGGCCGGGCACACCUGGAGCUGAAGCGCUACUACAGCAUCUGCCAAGAUACUGCCUUGGGGCAAACAGGCUUCCAAGAAGCAGGAGGAGAGUUGAAAAGGGAGGGGAGGACUCAGAACUCCCUCAGCCCCACCAUGGCACCCAAGCUCAGCUUAGAGGUUCGAAAACUCAGUAACGGCAGGUUGUCGACAUCUCUAAAGUUGGGGCCCUUGCAAUCCCGCGGAGUGCCACUUCGGGAGAAAAAGGCAACCCAGAUGUUGUCAUUGUGCUUGGUGAGUUUGGGGACCUUCAUUGUCUGCUGGCUGCCCUUCUUUUUGACCCACGUUCUCAAUACCCACUGCCAAGUCUGCCAUGUGUCCCCAGAGCUUUACAGCGCCACCACGUGGCUGGGCUAUGUGAACAGUGCCCUCAACCCUGUGAUCUAUACCACCUUCAAUGUUGAGUUCCGUAAAGCUUUCCUCAAGAUCCUGUCUUGCUGA